AGGUGUGUGAACCUGUAAAAUUAUGACUUCCAAGAUGAUCCGGUAUAUUUUAAUUGUAGGGAUUCUACUUCCCCAGUCUUUGGCCCAUCCAGGCUUUUUUACUUCAAUUGGUCAGAUGACUGAUUUGAUUCAUACAGAGAAAGAUCUGGUGACUUCCCUGAAAGACUAUAUUAAGGCAGAAGAAGACAAAUUAGAACAAAUAAAAAAAUGGGCAGAGAAGUUAGAUCGGCUAACUAGCACAGCGACAAAAGAUCCAGAAGGAUUUGUCGGGCACCCUGUAAAUGCAUUCAAGUUAAUGAAACGUCUGAAUACUGAGUGGAGUGAGUUGGAAAAUCUCGUCCUUAAGGAUAUGUCAGAUGGCUUCAUCUCUAACCUAACCAUUCAGAGACAGUACUUCCCUAAUGAUGAAGAUCAGGUUGGGGCCGCUAAAGCUCUGUUGCGUCUCCAGGACACCUACAAUUUGGAUACAGAUACUAUCUCAAAGGGUAAUCUUCCAGGAGUGAAACACAAAUCUUUCCUAACAGUUGAGGACUGUUUUGAGUUGGGCAAAGUGGCCUAUACAGAAGCAGAUUAUUACCAUACAGAACUGUGGAUGGAACAGGCACUCAGGCAGCUGGAUGAAGGCGAGGUUUCUACCACUGAUAAGGUCUCUGUUCUAGAUUAUUUGAGCUACGCGGUGUACCAGCAGGGAGACCUCGAUAAGGCACUUUUGCUUACAAAGAAGCUUCUUGAACUAGAUCCUGACCAUCAGAGAGCUAAUGGUAACUUAAAAUAUUUUGAGUAUAUAAUGGCUAAAGAAAAAGAUGCCAAUAAAUCUGCUUCAGAUGACCAAUCUGAUCAGAAAACCACGCUGAAGAAAAAAGGGGUUGCUGCGGAUUACCUGCCAGAGAGACAGAAGUACGAAAUGCUGUGCCGUGGGGAGGGUAUCAAAAUGACUCCUCGGAGACAGAAAAAACUCUUUUGCCGCUACCAUGAUGGAAACCGGAAUCCUAAAUUUAUUCUGGCUCCAGCCAAACAGGAGGAUGAGUGGGACAAGCCUCGUAUUAUUCGCUUCCAUGAUAUUAUUUCUGAUGCAGAAAUUGAAAUUGUCAAAGAUCUAGCAAAACCAAGGCUGAGGCGAGCCACCAUUUCAAAUCCAAUAACAGGAGACUUGGAGACGGUACAUUACAGAAUUAGCAAAAGUGCCUGGCUCUCUGGCUAUGAAAACCCUGUGGUGUCUCGAAUUAAUAUGAGAAUACAAGAUCUAACAGGACUAGAUGUUUCCACAGCAGAGGAAUUACAGGUAGCAAAUUAUGGAGUGGGAGGACAGUAUGAACCCCAUUUUGAUUUUGCACGGAAAGACGAGCCAGAUGCUUUCAAAGAGCUGGGGACAGGAAAUAGAAUUGCAACAUGGCUGUUUUAUAUGAGCGAUGUGUCCGCAGGAGGAGCCACUGUUUUUCCCGAAGUAGGAGCGAGUGUUUGGCCCAAAAAGGGAACUGCUGUUUUCUGGUAUAACCUAUUUGCCAGUGGAGAAGGAGAUUAUAGCACACGGCAUGCGGCGUGUCCAGUGCUAGUUGGAAACAAAUGGGUGUCCAAUAAAUGGCUCCAUGAACGUGGACAAGAAUUCCGCAGACCGUGCACCUUGUCGGAGUUGGAAUGACCCAUAGACGUCUCUUCCUCUCCUGCUGCCCUCGGAUGUGUCUGACACACAGUCCCCGUCUUAACUGUCAAGAGUUUACAAGUGACUAACAUACACUCCAUGACUGAUUCGUUAUGAACCUCAUCCCGUGUUUCAUCUGUGGACAAUCACUAACUUUGUGGGUUUUUUCUUUUAAAAGUAACACUAAAUCACCACAUUGUACAAUAUAAAACCUUAAAGUUCAGUUGGUAUCACAGAGGACAAAGCAAGGCAGUUAAAAAUGAGGAAUUUUUACAUUUGUUAAAGAACAUUCUGGUUAGAUAAAAAAAUACACCUUACGCAUCUGAUGAUAGCAUAGCACUGCAUCUCAGUUGGUGGGUGGUCGGGUAGAAUGGGCCGUGCGAUUAAGGAAGAGAUGCCUGUAGUGUGUACCUGGUACUGUGUUUACGUCCUAGUCUGUCUUAUUUUCCGGAUCUGCCGAAGACUAGGAAUAAACUAGGCCUCUAAUCUCGGUUCCAUACAAUGUGUGCCCCUCCCUCCACUUUCUAAGUAGAUUUUUUCCUCCCAAGUCCUUUUUAAAGAAAGUAUAUUGUAUUUUACCAAUCCCCUUUUCCUCUCAUAGCUCCUUUGAGGAGAAUUAAAUCUGUGUGAGGUAAAAUACUUUGAUUUAAAAAUUAACAGAAAGCCCUAUAUAACAACACUGGGGCUUCUUAACUAAACUGAUCAUCACUUGGUCUGUUUCUUUGUCCUUUUCCUAAAUGACUGAUGAUUUUGUCCAUAAAAUUUGCUGUUUUUCUUAAUGCUAAUACCUUGCCUCUUAUUCUUGCUACAGCAGGGUGGUGAUACUGGCUUUCUGAUUAAAUAUUGUGCCUUAGGAGACUGGAAAUUUAAAAAUGUACAAGUCCUUUCAAUGAUGAGAAAUUGAUUUUUUUUAAAAAAGAUCUUUUUUCCUAAAAAGCCAAAAUGUUUGUUUCUUCAAUUCUGAAAUGUGUUGUGACAAUGAUGACAUAUUUAUGAUCUUAAAUCUUUUUUUAAAAAUGUU